CGUCCUCCCCCGUCCCUCCGUCCGAUGGUCUGCGCAGAUCUGUCGGACGGACUCAACUGAAGCGACCCCGUCACUUUAAUUGACGCACCAACCGGGUCGUGGUUCAUCGUAACACGAUGCCGUUCAUUGUCCCUGAUCGAUUUAGGGCUGUUACUUGCUCUUAACCUGUUUGCACUCGCGGCCAGUUUCUUUGUCGAGUGUGUCUGCAACAACGAGUUGCUUCCCCCGCGGGUCUUAACGCUGAUUGUAUGCAGUGAUAAUCGCUUAACCGGGCCCCACUGACCGUCAGGCGCGGUCGGCGGAGACUGGUAAUUGCAUGGACCUUCCACUGAAGUGUUCCUUUCCCCUGUCCGGUGAACCACCAUGCGCAAGGAUGGUGGAACUUCUAAUGUCAUUUGAAUUUCUAUGAGACAAAAAGGCUGGAACAAGGAGCGAACGCAGGCCAGGGGUGGCGCUUUUGGUGCGACGAUGCCGCGGUGGCUCUUCCUUUGUCGGAUACGUCGCCUACCCACUCGUCUGCAGCUUUCCUAAAGGGCCAGUGUACCGUGGAUAAGUACAUUCGCCCUCCUCAAAGCUCACUGGCUGGGUGGAACGCUGAAACCUUUUGGCUCAGCCAUUCAAGGCGAAACGGAGAUUUGGACGAGUCCUUCAAACGCCGCAACGUUUUUGUGGAUCUCAACGGCAGAGACGGGUUUUCGGACUCGCUGCCUGCGGCAGUAGUCAAUCGGAACGGGGUCAUCUGCCGGGGUAUGCACCGGUCGCGUGUGUCUCUGUUCGUGAUUGACGGCUGUUCAGUAUACUUUGUGUUGAUGCCGUCGUGUCAUGUGGCAUUUCAGUUAUGUGUAACAUGGUCGAAACCUGCGUGUGUCUUCUAAGUGGAAAAGUGGACGGGCACUGACUUCUUCCUGCCGCUGCGUCAUCCGCGUAAGCGUCUUUCCAGCAGGCGUUCGCGCUGGGUGUGCGCAAGAGAAGAGGCACACAGGCCGCCACAGAGAGGGUGGUGGAAUUGAGAGAUAGUGAGAAGAACAGUGAUAAACAAGCGUGUGUGCAAGUGAGCCGGCACAUCGCAAAAACGCGCGACGCAGUGACGUUGUGGUGGAGACAGUUUAGGAGUCUCCCGACAUUUUCUACAGGUUCGUUCGCAAACUGUCCGGCCAUUUUUUAGGUUGAAGAACCGAGCAGCGAUUUGGAGAGCUCCGCCGUCUCAUUAUUCUCCCAGAUUUGCGCCUUCGCCCUUUCUCCGUGUAGGCGAUCGGUGUCGUGUGGUAGUUGCAGACACUAAUCUGUGAGAGACACGAAUCAAGGCGAUCCAUCACGUCAAUCGCUCCGAAGGAGUAAGAUCGGGAGAUGCUGCUGAUUUCAUGUCGUUUUUCGCCGUUCGUUCUCCGGACAACCGGCCAACAAAGCUGGCCGCCUCUGCGUAGGCUCGUACGGCGCGUGCACCCGCACUUCGUAGCACGCCACUGCAGAGCUGAGCGUGUCGGUCGGCUUACAGUGUACACCUUUGCAGAUCUUGCGCUGCGGUCGCACUUGUCCCCAGCGUCUCCCUCCGCUGGUGUGCGGAAUGGCACCUCGCCCGAGGGAACCGCCAGUGCUCACAUCACGUAUCCGCCCCAAGUAUCUUUCUCUGCAGCUUACGAUUUUUUGCAUUCGCCCGUGCACCAAGGAACGGGACGUCUGCUCGUGGAGAAAGGGAACUUCUGAACGGAAGAGCAACCCACCGCCUCUACCUCCUUGCCCACAGCAGUGUGAUUGGCGUGUGCAACAGCCACACCAGCGCUAGCCCCCUUUUUCUGCCCCUACUCGUUAGGGCUCUUGACGAGACGGCACACACGCGUUUCAACAGACACAAAAACGUUGUGGACGGGCGUGGAAAGACAGUGUUUUUCUCUGCGAAGCGGCCUUGCUCGAGCAGACAACUGAUCUGGGCGAUCUUCGGAAGCCUUUUGUGGGGGACGACGGGAAAGCUCUACGGCGGCACGGUGGUACGAGUACGAAGCCACGAAUACAAGUGCAUAGACAAGCGGGAACCUGCGCGCCAAAAGGAAAAUAUCUCUCUUGCAGGACGCAGCGUACGGCAUUCCGUCGGUCAAAGACAAGUCUCGACGCGUGCACAGUCACUCGAGCGGCGUAGUUCGGCCAUGCCGUUGGAGGGAAUGGCGACACACUCGCCGGAGUCGCUGAAGCGCACACGUCAUGAAACAGACAUCCUCACCCACUUGCCUUCGUGGAAUCCUAAAAUGCCAAGGCCAGUGCCCGCUGCCAUUCAGGGGCAUCCAGAGGUGGACGAAGCUCUCAGCGCUGAGGGUAGCGAAGAUGUCCGAAGUUGUUGGCAGGUGACUGAACUCUGUUCAACUCGGAUGCUCGGCACGAAGGGUCAGAGCCCUUUCAGGGCGUUCUCAGCGUUCACUUCGCGAUCGCCCAGCACGCUCCCCUCUCGGGAUACCUCUGCCUCGAAAGCCAACGCUAUCGUUCCAAAGUUGAGUUUGAGCAGGCUAGACGUCGAGUUUGUGCAGCGUCUCUCUUCAGUGGAGGACACGAGUAGGCUAAUGGAAGAACAUGAAACAGAUGAGACGCGCCAGAUGGACGGAAACAUCGUGGAUCGGGCGCUACUGUUAGCAAACACCCCGUUCGCGUCCGGCCUGCAUACGCGGUGCCCGUCAAGAGAGAGCCUAGACAGUGAAGAAGAUAAAACGAUGGAGGUUUCAGCAUCAGGGCAGCAGCAAGGUCGUAGGGCUUCUCAUGCUGACAACUGGCCGGAUCCUCCUCAAGAAGGCAACGCGGAAAUGCGAAAAAUUAGCGGCGAUAGGUAUUCAGAGGUGUUUCAAGGAGAACCUGACUCACGCCGUUGUGAAACGAGAGAACUGCUUGAGCUACGCGAAUCAUCAUCAUCUGCAGCUCAUCUUGCGUCAAAAGCCCCACCCCGCAGAGAGAGGCUCAGCUCUCUGGAUACAGAUCGAGGCGAUGGACGCCCUGACCAACCACAAAGUGGUUGCAUCACGAAGGCAACGGAGACGUCGGCACCCCCGCGUUCUUCGAAUUCUGCACCCGAACUCUCGGACUCCCCCACAAUCCGCGCAUCUUCACCAAAAUUGUCUGUUCGGUCUGUUUGUUCGUCCACUGCUUGCUGCUCACCAACGGUUCCUGCCUCGCUCGAUGUAGACCGCCUCCGCCCGACCAAAGCCCUCCCCGUAGUAGAUUGCAUAGUGAAACCUGCUUUGCUGAGCGGCAGCGGUUCGCCGGGUUUGAUGCCCUCUGGUGCCCGCGCUGUGUUGGAGGCAGCGACCUCGAAGAGGCCCGAGCUCCCGAAUUCGGAAGCUGGAACCCAGCUUGGAGCCCUUGCCGUGGACCCUCAGCCAUUGUUGGACACUAGACGGCGGGAGCGGCGCGACAUUGUGUCCAAGGCGCAGGAGGAGUCGGCAGAGGCAACGCAAAAUCAGGUGUCAGUCGGGCUUCGAGCGACAGUUGACGACAGCACGAGACCAACCGAAGUAGACACUAACAGAGGAGGCACCGGUAAAGACACAAGCUCGCGGGUUUGCAGUGAGACCGUGUUGUCAUCCUACGCCAGUGUCAGCGGGGACGUCGAUGGCGACGAGAGUUUCGAAAGGUCCCGAGAGUCGCGCAAGGUGGAGCCGACUUCGGAAAGACAACUCACUCUGGACAAGACAGAGGAUUGUGUGAACGACAGGAUGGAUGCGGUACUCCCCUCUACAGCUUCGUCCACGAACGCUUCUGAGACAUUCGCCUCCGAUUUGAAAGAAGCGGCCGAAGGCGCCAGGGAAACCGACACAGAGCUUGACGGAGACGAAGAAGAGCGGCAGCUCCGAGAGCAGCUGGUGCGGCUUCAGCGGCGCCUACUGGAGGUGCACCGAAGACAGCAGAGUCAACAGGCAGAAGGCAAAUGCCGUGAUGCCCCGUCGACCGGAGACCCGCUGUGUUCAGGUGACCGCCUCGCGUCGGAUCGCGACUGUAGAGACUCAGAGGCUCGCUUAAUCGCGACACUGAGCAGGACGAAUGUGAGCACCGCGGACGGCAGCAGCCACAGCAGUACAGAGAGUGCCGUGAACAGUCCUGGCGGGAAAGAAAACUUCGGAUGUUGUCAGCGGACUAUGCCUUCUUGCGAGUCGUUGCCCGCGAGUCUCCGCGGCGGAGCGGCAUUCGCUUUGGGCCCCCACUCGCCUCUAAGUGGGACUUUUUGCCGUCCCGUUCUUCAGUGCGGCGUGGCCGAGACCCCGGAAUGGAAUGCAGAAGAGCAAGCACUGCACGCUGCCUCCCGUGUCCUCGGUUUUCAGACGAUUUCGACAAAGGAAAACGACGGCCACCGUGGCCGUCUCGGCGGCAGUGCCGAUGGUUUAAUGGCUGGACGAUUUGGGUAUGAGGCGGGAGCAGGCGAAACGAGCAGAAAGCGGAAAAUUGGAGAUACGGAUUACGGCCUCCCUCGACAAAAGGCGUUCCUCGCUAGUGCUGUCGAGUGCGAGCGCACCGCCUCGUCCUGUCUCUCUAUGUUGGCAGCUAACUACGGCCUUGAGGCGCGUGGCUCGAUGCCGGACCCGCGGAUCUCUCGGCUUCUGUCUUUGCUGUCUCGGUCCGAGUCUGCAAAAACCAACGAUGCAGCAGCUGGUCAGCUGCUUGUUCAGCUCCUCGCUGGACUGUCCAAUAGCGACGCACCCCGGGCGCUGCACCGAUGGACCUCCGCGGCAACCUCUUCGAAUGGCGCCUACGAACCAAAUGGGUAUCGUGGCGGAAACGAAGUCGGCCUGGAGUCGGCUGCGUCCGGGUUGUGGCCUGGCCACGCUGAGCCUGUGGACGCGGCGAACGGGUCACAUUUGGAAAGAACAGGUGCUUGCGGCUCUCUGAUGAACCUUCUAGAGUCCACACUGGCUCGCGCAGCCAGGGGCAACAACCAUGGCAUCGGGGAAAACGGAGCGGGCAGUCGCAUGGACGAGUGGGCGGGACCAAGUGAGGAGUGGAGAAUGAGGCGGCGAGGAAGGACGGGGGACUACUGUGACGUUCAAGGGAGUUUUCUGCCAGGGGGGAGCAACAGAUUCUCGUUGCUUUCUGCAUGUGACUCGCAAGUUUCGCGGUUCCGACGAGUCGCCGCGUUUCUCGAGGAGGUGACCUGCAAAACGGGAAGCGCCGCCGAGUCUGUGUGUGAUGGGCUUGGCAGAGCUGAGGGUCCGAGUCGUGGCUACGCAGACUCCCCAGGGUUGCCGGGUUUGAGCAUCUCGACCCAGGCAGGGGCCUUUCCAGGGACAGGCGGCCACGGCUUAGGCGCGGUUCCAGAAGUGCGCGCCAGUGCUGAGGGAGUAGUCGGGAACGCCCAUGGAAUUCGGCUCGGCGACAAAGCGGUGAACAGUUCGCUCUCUGACUCUCGUGUGGACUCUGGCGAGGCGAUGGCGCACUGUGCAGCGGCGGGAGAAGAGAGAUUCGGUGGCAAGCAAGAACAACGGGUUCUCACGCUUCGGCAAAACGAAGGCCUUGCGGCUGACGGCUUGCGACAGACUGCCGUGGGUGACGAAAAAGCUCCAAAUAGAGACCUGGACGUGGUGUCGACGCAGCGGGAAGAGGGCCCUGACGACGUCCCGUUGCGAGCUGUCCGAGGUGUUUAUUUCGACGUCACCAAUCAAGCGUGGGCGGCUAAUAUGAGGGUGAACGGGAAGGUUCAGAAGAGAAGUUUCUCUCUGAAACGCUACGGAAAACAUGCUCGACAGCGCGCCAUCGAGGCUAGACGGGAGAUGGAGAGAGAUUUCGGACGGUCAGUGUCUCAGAUUGUGCGUGCCUCAAAUUUUUUUGGCAUCAGCCGAGACAUGCCAGAAGAGACCGAAGCGUACUCACGGUUGGUUCGUCAAACGCGGGGGUUCGACACACCAAAGCUCGCGUGCGUGCAAGUUGAAGGGGAGAGAGAACGCGCGACUCCCAGGAGCCUACCGUUUGAGUCGCGUCCAUAUGCAGAGGCCUCACUAGCCGCCCGUGCGCUUCUGAAGCGCAUGCAGCAGGAUAGCGCUGCGCGGACGAUGGAAAGUGCAACAGAGCUUGAAAGUUUCUUGUACCCCCACGCGGUGGCUACCCGACUGCAAACCCUGUCCCGACAGUCUCACGUGGAUUUCGAAGCGAAACGCGACGCAGAGAGACGAGCGCGAACAACGUCAGCCUAAGAGAAGUCAGGUUUCAACCGGUUGUACUGCGCAGCGUGCCGCGGCAUGCGAUCGCGAGGAUGCCCUGUGUGUACCAGGCGAUGCGUCGGGGUUAACGUGAGUUGCGCAGUCUUGCGGGGCGUCAACGCGGGACCGUUUUCUCGGGCCGCGCCCAGUGUCUCGUUACUUCACAUUCGGUGUCGAUUCCCUCGGUUUGUCGUGUGACAUGUUUGUCUCUUCCGGCAGUGAGAGCGAUACGUGCCUGACUUUUAGGUUUCGUUGUAGGGGGGCACGCAGUAGGUGACAGCAGGGCGGCAGCAACGAUUUCACUCGUCGGGCGAAUUUCGUGGGUGGGUAGCCAAUCAUGGCGAACGAAAGCGUUUGAUGACAAAGGGAAGGUGGUGCAUGUGGGGGUGACCCGGAAGCGUGAUAAAUUAUAACGUUUGGCGGGCCAAAGUCUGUACGAGAUGGCAGAGGAGCUUUUUUUCAUAGCAUGCAGCUAAAACGUUGAGCCAGGAGUAGCCGUGUGUGUGCUUAUCACUGGUAAUACCGCAGUAUGAUUUUUUCCAGAGGGAGGUUCACACAGAGAAGGUUUCGGAGUGACAGUCGAAGCCUUCGCCUCAUGGAGGGAGUUUAUACACUUGUUUUUAUCAGACUCGCCACGGCAGUUGCAGUCGCCAUGUGACAUCGACAAUCACUCCUGUGUGUUAGCACUUCCGUGUAUCCCACCGGAGCGAGAGGACGCUGGUGCACUGUGAGCGAGGUGUGCUUUGUGUCAGCAGAGACUGGCUACUGUUUGUAGAAAGCCAGUGCUGAUACAUGUGUGAAGGAGGCUCCGUUCAGCAAGCGGUGUCUUUCGUAUUCUGUGUUUUUUCUGUUAAGUAUGUAAUUUUGAUAAAAAGUCAAGAGCCACUUUGACGUGGGCGGACGCCACUUUCGUGUGCUGUGAAGUUGCCGCAGGAUCGACAUCCGGCACGUGGGGAGGUAUCGUUUGUAGUGUUGUGUGCUCCCUUACUCGUCGCUUUUCGUUUUCCGUUCUGUGUCAGUCAGUCCAACUUCACGUCUGAAUGUGUGCUUUUGGCUGGAUUUUAUGUCAAGGCCCAAGGGCGUGUUCGCGUCCAUGGUGAAGUGUUAAUUCAGUGCAGAGGCGUGUUCUCCUUUAUUCCGCUUCAUGUCCAUGCUGCUACACUCGCUCAUUGGCUGUGUCACUGUUGGGUCGGUUCUGACCAAAGACGCGUGGGAUUUUCGUUUCGUGGAUUUCACCGGCUCCCCGCAGUGUAUUGAGGGACGCAUGCGAUACGCGGCAACAUAGCGUCCACGUUCCGGGUAUCUCUGAGCUGGGUCUCUUACGAAAAACUUCGGAGACUAUCGUGGCAUGUGCUGGUGUACUCUCGCUUCUUUCUUUUCAUUUGAGCUCGCAUGACAGCACCUCAGGGUAGGCAUAGAGGUGGGGGCGUGCCGGUCGCUUUCUUUUUUCCAGCGGGAUUGUGUUCGCAUUGCAGCGGCAGGAAGCGUGCUUGUGUGAGGCAGCGGUAGCGUGAAGUGGAAAGGCAGUUGGAUACUUCGGUGUGGGACUAAGCUUCGAAAGCGCCUCCCUCCCCUGCCACUGAGGAAGCACUGGCGAGAGCGUGUGUGGGCUGUGCCUUCAUAAGGGCAGAAUCUGUGUCCGUGCUCAAUCAGCAAUCGCAUUCUGUGGAACAGGCCCGCGGGACUCGUCAGCAGUACCUGGUGAGGCCUAAGAUAAGGCUUUUUUCUGCGGGCAAUUCUGCGAAAACGGGCGUCACUCUUGCAGGAGAAGCUCACUUGGGGACGUGAGGGUGGGCUUCUGCACGUGAAAGGGUAAGUGUACAGCGUGGGGUCAAGGCUCCGUCGCUGUCGGCUGCUUUCUAGAAUUGCUGUGAGUGGUUCCGCCUUCCUCCGUGGGACCGUAUGAAUUGUUGACUCGUAGGAUUUGUGGGAUUUGUCAGAGAAGUGGGAACUACAUGUAUUUACAUAAGAAAACACUAGAGGGUGCGAGACUUUCUUCCGUGCCAUUGUCCGUCUUUGGCUCUUUAUACUGUGGGAAGGGCGCUUCUUGGUGUGGCGGAUGGUGGGUAUGAACGUAUUGACAUUGGAGACGCGUAGCGGUAGGCAAACGUUCGUAGAACGAAAAUGUUCAGCGAAGAGGCCUGCACAUGACGUCGUGGGUAGCUUGUCUCUUGCGGAUCGUGUUGGCCCUCACGUUUUGACGCACGCCACCGUGAUACGCCAGUUCGACAUCCAUUCCGUGUACUCACACCUUUGUGUAUUUUCCUUCGCACGCUUCGCGGCAGAAGCUGUUCACCUGCCAGUCACCUCUGGCGCAGGCGACUUGCUCGGUCUUGACAGAACCAGUGAGUAGCUGCAUGCGUUCCGUACCAGACGCGUUUAGGUGAAGUACUGUGCAGCCCCGCAGCGGCGGGGGGAAGGGGCAUGCAACAGAAGCGUCGGCUUUUUUCUUUGCGAAAUUUGAAGGGUAACUUCCCGUCGAUGACUUCAUACCGACGGCAACGAGUUGCGUGACCGGUGUUUUCAUGUUUUUCAGUGUUCCGGCGACUUCUGUGGUGCCAUGAUAGAAACUAUGCCUGUCCCGGGUUGUACGUGACAGAACGUGUGAGUCCACCAGGAAGAGAUCGCCACGGUCUCUCCACCGUCGUGUGAAUUCUCCGGCAUCCCGUCGGUGUUUUAAUGAAGACUGUUACACGAGAAGGCGGCAAGUUGCUGUCACAUUUUUGAGGUCACGUAUAUUUAAGCUGUAUAAAUGUGUGUUUUCCUACCUCUGUCGUUCGUCUCGUUAUAAGAAGCGAGUAGUUUGAACAGGGUGUGUCGUAAUGUGCGCUGCAGCGUUGCUCUUGCAAGCGGGCGUGCCGGUUAUAGACAGUGUCUUCGACUGGCCGAGUGUCUUCAUUCCACUUUUGUGCAGACAGUCUGGUGAAACAGAGACGUCAUGCCAAUUCAUUUUGCAUACUAAAGAGUGACCGGUACCAUGCGGUGCGCGGCUGAAGGACGGAACGCGGGUGUUCGUUGACAAAAAAGGAUACCUCUUCGGUGGCCGUUGAAAACGGGGGUUAAAGCUCCCCAAACAGCACAUGAGUGAGAAGAAAACCGGUCUCUUGACUCAUCACUUUGUAUAGUUAAUUGCACCAGACCAGAUGUCCACGCAGUUUCUCUCUGCGUAAGGAACCGUAGACGCGAUAAGCGCUUUCGCUGUUUAAAAUAUAUGAGGACCUGUCCCUGCUCUGCCUCAACCUCUCGUUGCGGAUCUAGCGCGUACAUAGUGGAUCGAAAGGAGGGAACAAGAUAAUGCGCUCGUGACUGCAUCUUUCUGGAGAAAUGCAUCGGUUGUCAGGAAUUUCACAUGGAAUUCUCGCAGUCUGAAGCGAGCGUUCAACACGACGACGCUCAACGUGGUUGAUGCGGCCGCGCAGAGCCGUUGUGCCACAAAAGAGGGACAGUAGGCAUAGGCGUCGACUGUGGGAGAAAUCUCCGAUUUGCUUGGAAACAAUUCGACGACUACUCAAGUAUCCUCAUUAACUUUCUGACAACUAUGCUGAUGUCGGGCAAAUGUGUCGGAUUCUUAGUUGAAAGUAACAGUCGUCGGCCGUGUCCUGUUGCCUCCUUUUUGUGGUAUGUUGGCAUAAUCCAAAUGUAUCAGUGUUUUCGUACGUGUCACAGUGAGGUGGCAGGUGUCUUGCUGGAGUCAGGAAGACCUGCUAAAACAGCAAACGCCAACCAUGAAACGGGUAUUUCUGAUGCACAGAACAACGUAUGUGGUUCUGCGAGCGUAUGACGCAGACACUGACGUUCUGAAGGAGCUCGUGGAAGGCCAUGAAAGUCAAAUCAUUGGCAAUGUCUUGCCUCAGUCGUCUAAACGCCUGAAUAAAAAAAGAUCGACAACUUCGUUGCAACGCUGUGGAGCAUGUUCGCGUUCAGUACGUUCAAAAUGCUUGAAACAGCUGCACGGAGAUCUCUCUCUCUAUUCGAAUUACAAACCGAUUCCAUAGGCAGUGAGAGCAUACUACCAGUCACUCGGUGAGCGAAAGAACCGAUGGCUAUAUUCCUGUAUGCUCAAGACGUCCGCGUAUCAAUGCCACUGCCCACCAGAUACAUGUAACCGCUCAGGCCG